AGGCGCUUCUUUCCUUCGCCGCUUCCAAUCCCCCACAUCUCUCUCUCCUCUGUUCAUCAUCUCUCUCGGCUUUCUCCUUGUGUUCCCCCUCUCAAAUCUCUCUCCACGGCGAGCGGCUAUGGCGACGGCGCAGGCGGUGGCGAAGGGCAGCGUGCUGUCACCGUGCGGUAACCGGGCGGCCGGAUUCGGCGGCCGCCGGCGGGGCGCCGUCGCGGCGCGCAUGUCGCCCUGCGCGCCCGCGGCGGUGCGGAUCGGCAGGAAGACCCCGUUCUUCGGGGCCAGGCUGGCGGUCGGGCCCAGGAGAUCCAAGCUCCUGCCCCGGAAUCUCGUCGCCUCGCCGGUUCAGAUGAACCUCGCGUUCGCGAAAUCAACGAAGUGGUGGGAGAAGGGGCUGCAGCCCAACAUGAGGGAGAUCGAGUCCGCCCAAGACCUCGUCGAUUCGUUAGCCAACGCCGGCGACAGGCUCGUCGUCGUUGACUUCUUCUCCCCUGGCUGCGGCGGAUGCCGUGCCCUCCACCCAAAGAUUUGCCAGUUCGCGGAACAGAACCCAGAUGUGCUCUUCUUGCAAGUCAACUAUGAGGAGCACAAAUCCAUGUGCUAUAGCCUCCAUGUCCAUGUCCUGCCGUUCUUCAGGUUCUACAGGGGAGCGCAAGGCCGGCUCUGCAGCUUCAGCUGUACUAACGCAACGAUUAAGAAGUUCAGGGAUGCGCUUGCCAAGCACAAUCCUGACCGGUGUAGCAUUGGCCCAACCAGGGGGCUGGAGGAGUCGGAGCUGCUGGCCUUGGCCGCCAACAAGGACCUGCAGUUCACCUACACCAAGCAGCCAGAACCAGUUCCCAGCGGAGACGUCGAAGUCGUUGCCCCUGGGAGCCCAAGGCUUCCUCCACCGCCAAAGCCAUUGGUCAGGCAGGGCUCUGGAGAUAGAUCAUUGGUUUCGUCAGGAAGAUGAGGUUCUGAUGUGACUGACGAUGGUCUAUGCCAUCGAGUCCAUCGAAUUCUGUACAGUUUCUCGAUUGUUCUUGGUGUGUACAGGUUGUACCUUCUAAUGGUGGCGUAGAGUGCAGGGCUUGAUAGAAUUUUACUACUUGUCAAGCCUGCCCGCCAGUCCGCUAGAGGCGUAGUAGUAGUAGAAGCAGCAAUACUGUAGUAGUACCAGCAAGUGUUGUGGGUAUAUUCUGCCUGUAAAAUGGUAUGGUAGCUGUAUGAGUUUAUCUGAGUGCCAAUGCAAUUAUCGUUGCUGCGUAUCAA